CCCAAAAAAAAAAAAACAAAAACAAAAAACAAACUAGAAAAAUUACAGUUCAUAAAGUAAAUAAAGAAAUACUUUAAACACACGACGUUUUACAGCACUGUUCGACGCGCGCCCAACAUGCGUAACGUUAAUUGUUGGCGUGCCAUGGAACACAGUGAAGUGAAACGUAACUGCUGGAAUGCGCAACGAUGAAAUGAAACAGCAAGAGCGAAAACAACAACAACAACAAGAACAACAGAGUCUCAGUUGGGCAAAAAUGUUGUCGCACAUUGAGGAAAAUGCAUCGUUUUCUUAACAUCCAGCAAAAUAUUAAAUUACGCAACUAUCAUCAGUUACUUUUGUAUUUUGUUGCUGUUCCAUUGGCUGCCACUGCUGCUGGAGGAAGACAACAACAACAGCAGCGACGACGACGUAGCAGCAGCGACGAAGGAGUGAGCAGAGAAGACGGCGAACGACGAGAAUUCAUUGAGGGCGGGAGAAGCGGCAGCAGCAGCAGAAGCAGCAAAAACAGCAAAAGAAGCGCAGCAGCAGUAGCAACAAUAACGUAACGAUCGUAACGCAACGCAACGUAACGUGACGCACACACACACACCCACUGUUUGAAGUAGUCGAAAAAGUUAUUAGUUAUUUUGGAUUAUUUUUUAACAAUCAUCUCUUAGCCCAAUAUACACACAUACACAUAAUUUAACCCAACGCUGCCAGUGUUCCUAAGACAACAACAACAACAAAAACCUAUCAUCGUAAUCGUAAUUAUAACGUAAUCGUAGCCCUAACGUAACGUAACGGAACGCAACGUAAAGCGCCACCUACACAGCUCCUCUGCCAACGAAAACGAAAACAAGAACAAUUUUCUUUUCCUUUCGAUCAUCAUUCGAUUAACGCAUUCAUACUUAUUCAUAUGAACGUAUUCGAACACUCGCUCAUGCUCACCUCAAUAUUCAAGAAGAACAACAACUGACACUGCAAUCAAAACAGAGUUUAUAAACAAACACAACAAACAUCAACAAUUGCGAAGCAAACAAACAAAAACAACUGUCGAGAACACAACCAUCGACGACAGUUGUUUUCAGUGCUUUCGUGUAUCAAUUUGACACUUUGCCGCUCAACUGUGGCAAGGUCACAAAAAUAUGGCAACACCGCAAGUCAAAGACUUGGUGUUGCGUUCGCCAGCUGGCUCCUCCGAUACGAUCACAUUCGCGUGGCCAUUGCAAGUUGGACACGGCCAGGAUAAGCAUGACAAUGGCAUCGAUAUCAUCGAUACAAUCAAAUUCGUAUGCGAUGAGCUGCCAUCGAUAUCAUCCGCAUUCGAGGAGAUCAACCUCAAUCACAUUGACACUGCCUGCUAUAAGACUAUGAAAUUUGUCGAUCGCUUCAAUAAAGCUGUCGACAGUAUUGUUGCAUUGGAAAAAGGAACUUCACUGCCCGCCGAGCGUUUGAAUAAGUUCGCUCACCCUAGCCUUUUAAGACACAUACUGCAAUUAGUUUACAAUGCUGCCGUGCUCGAUCCGGAUAAGCUCAAUCAAUACGAGCCCUUCUCGCCUGAGGUGUACGGCGAGACAUCGUACGAGCUGGUGCAGCAAAUGCUCAAGCAUGUCACCGUUAGCAAGGAGGAUACGUUCAUUGAUCUCGGUUCCGGUGUGGGACAGGUGGUACUGCAAAUGGCUGGAUCGUUCCCCCUCAAGACGUGCAUUGGCAUCGAGAAGGCCGACACUCCAGCCCGCUAUGCGGAACGCAUGGAUGUGUUCUUUCGCCAGUACAUGGGUUGGUUUGGCAAGCGGUACUGCGAGUACAAGCUGAUCAAGGGGGACUUUCUGGUCGAUGAGCAUCGGGAGAAGAUCACCUCGUCGACGCUGGUGUUUGUCAACAACUUUGCCUUUGGUCCGACGGUCGAUCAUCAGCUGAAGGAGCGUUUUGCUGAUCUGCGAGAUGGCGCCCGAGUCGUCUCCUCCAAGUCCUUUUGUCCGCUCAACUUUAGAAUAACAGAUCGCAACCUCAGCGACAUUGGCACCAUCAUGUAUGUCAGCGAAAUACCGCCCCUUAAGGGUUCUGUUUCGUGGACCUGCAAACCGGUUUCAUAUUAUCUGCAUGUGAUUGAUCGCACCAUUUUAGAGCGCUAUUUUCAGCGACUGAAAACCAAGGGCGGCAAUGAUCACGAGCAUGUGGGCACUGUGCGCACCACGCGCGAUCGUGCCAAGCGUGAGGCCAACGUUGGACAGCACAACAACAAUCACAACAAUAAUCACAGCCACAACAACAACCAUCAGCAGCACACGCGUGAGCUGCAGCGAGAGAAGGACAGAGAGCUGGUGAACAGCAACGGACCCGUUCAUCAUCAGCAACAGCAGCAGCAGCAACAAUCGCAGCAGCAGCAACCACAUCAUCCGCAGCGACAUCAAUCGCAAUCGCCAGCGAAUGUGAGCGGAGUGAGCAGUGUAGCUGCCUCAAAGACGCGCCAACAGCUGGCAACAGCUCAGCAGCAGCAACAACAACAGCAGCAGCAGCAACAGUUGCAGCAACGCAGCCUCGAUAUGGACAGCAGCACAGAGAGCGAAGGCGAUGCGGAAGCAGCCAAUGGUAAUGGCGGCAACACGACGACAGCAACCAACGCCACUUUGGCAUCGAAUGGACCGAUGACGCGCAAAGUUUGGUCCGAUUGGUGCAGCUCGAAGGGCAAGAGUUCGCAGUCCGACGAUGAGGAGAACAACAACAGUAACAGCAACAAUAGCAACAGCCAUUCGGGUCGCGUGCCCCGAGCUGUGACCACGCUGAAGAAGCGCAAGAAGCUGACACGAAAAGCGGCAAUCGCUAGCAAAUCGGCAGCAGCAGCGCAACGCGAAGCCGAAGAAGCUGCAGCCGUGGCUGCUGUGGCUGCAUCCUCGGCGUCGGCUAGUAAAGACUCCAGCAGCAAGGAGGAUCAGCCGAGAGGAGCGGGUGCCAAUGCGGGACCCGGACGCAAGGGACGCUUAAAGAAGGGUCAACGGGGACGCAAGUGCCUGAAGAUUGCGGGUCUCGAUGUGCUGCACAAGCAGACGGUGCUCAGCACCUCGUUGGAUGCGAUGACCAAGAAGUUGCCCGCCGCUCCAGGCACUGUGGAUCAGCAGCUGACGUCGCUGCUCACCGGGGAUAUGUCGCAUCGGGAGCUGGACAUUCCCACGGCACCGCAGGACACACCGUAUGCUUUGCAGAUACUGCUCGAUGUGUUCCGCUCGCAGUACAUGACAAUGAUUGAGAACAUGCGGUCGAGUGCGUAUUUACCGCAGGUGCAGAAGCAGAUUGCCCAGGAGCAGGAGCGCAUGGCGAGACUGAAGAAUCGCGCCAGUCAGCUGGACAAACAGAUCAAGGUGCUGAUCGAUGACAGCGUGACGUUGCUCAAGGUGCGCAUGAAUGAGCUGGGCAUCAAUGUGAAUUCGCCCAACGAUCUGAUAGCCCAGGCCAAGGAGAUUGUCGGACGGCACAAGGAUCUGCAGCAUGCGGUCAGCAAGAUGCGCAGCGAGGUCACCGUCUACGAGAGCGAACAGAAGCUGCUGCUCAGCAAGCAGCUCAAGCAUUUGCCUGAGUACCAGAAACUCUGCUCCGUCAACAAUGGCGGCGCCAAUGGCAAAGUGAAGCUCGAGCUGCCGCAGGAGUUGUCGGAAACUGCGGCCCAAGAGUUGGUGCUGAAGGAGAUUGCCAACACGUUGAGUCAGCGCAAGAAAUUAUACGCUCAAGUCUCCACAAUCGAGCAGGAGACGACCACGUUGCAAAAGUCCGCCGAGGAACGCAGCACAGCGGCUGCUCUCCUUGCUCAAGGCACUAACAUCAGCCUGGCCAGCUCAAGCAGCAACACAGCAGCUCCCAUUACAACCGCAUCAGCAGCAGCAGCUGUGACAGCAACUCCUCCACAGCAACAGCAGCAGCAAGCAGCCAACUGCAGCAACAAGCUCAGCUCAGGCAAAUCAUCGCGACGCAGUCGUGAACAUCGCGCCAGAUCGCAAGAGUGGCCCGAAGUACCCGAGGUGGGCAAGAUACAGGAGAGCAAUCCCGAAGUGUUGGCCCAGAAGAUACUGGAAACGUGUCGUCAAGUCGAGGCGGGUAAAUUCCAAGCAUUGCCAACGCCAACAGCACCUCAGACUCUGAACAACGCUGCUGUGAACUAUGUGAAUGGCAAGCCGAAGACGGAGCCAAAGACGUCGCCAGCGCUGUACAAAGACAGCACGCUGAUGCCGGCGCCCAAGCAGCAAUCACAGCAGCAACAAUUGCAGCCACAAGCAGCGCAGCAACAACAACAGCAGCAACCAACAGCAUUGCUGCUGCCCAAGUGCGAGUUGCCGGGACUGAGUCGAGGCAAACAGGAAUCGCCGAAGGUGGCCAACUUUGAGGAUCGACUGAAGAGCAUCAUCACCUCGGCACUCAACGAAGAUCAAGAGCAACGCAGCAAAGCAUUGCCCAUCAUCGAGACACCAGCAACACCCACGCUGCAAUCGCCUGUCUCCAAGCGCAGCAAGCAGCAGCAGCAACAGCAAAUGGCAACAACAACCACGCCCAACAAUUUGCACAACAUCAUCACGGUGUCAACACAAGGGCUGAUGCAUCUGAAUGCCAACACAACCAUAUCGCCGAUAACGCCGCCGUUGCCAGGACCGCGAGCUGGGGCCGCAGCUUCAACGGCGCCUCCGCCCCCCGCCAAUCUGCCCUAUGGCAGCGCUUACAUCAGCAGCAAGCAGCAGCAGCAACAACUGCAGCAGCAGCAGCAACAUCAGCAACAGCUGCAGCAGCAACACCAUCAACAGCAGCAGCAGCAACAUCAUCAGCAACUGGCGGGCAAAUACAGCCAAACAGCGCUGGUCAAGGAGUCCAAGUAUGCGCCUGUGGCUCAGGGGCGUGGCGCAACAGCCGCGCCUCCACCGCCGCCGCCACCUCCCCCCUCUGCAGCAGCAGCAGCUGCAGCGAGCAGUUCGCACAUGGCCACGCUGUAUGCAGGCCAUGCGGCAGCAACAGCAGCAGCCACGCCCACUGCAGCAGAUCUGGGCUUCCAUCGCAGACGCGCUUCGGUGAGCGCGAAUAGUUACGAGCACUUUAUGGUGCAGCAACAGCAGCAGCAGCAACAUGCCAUGAUGUUGGCGCACGUGGCGCAGCAACGUCUGCAACAACAACAGCAGCAACAACAACAGCAGCAGCAACAUGCGCAUCAUGCGCAGUUGGCACACUUGGCUCAUCAUCAUGCGGCGGCAGAGUUCAAGGCACCCGCUGAGAAUCUGCUGCAGCGUUCCGGCAGUCGCGAGCAACUCGCCGAGCAGCAACAGCAGCAGCAACAACAACAGCAGCAGCAGCAACAUCAGCUGCAACAGCAUCAACAGCAGCAGCACAGCAUGGAGUUGCUGCCACGCGCCAGUUCAGCCAACUCGGACUACGCUGGCUAUCGAGUGGAGCGUCUGACAGUGCGACCGCCAAGUCGCCCAAGCUCGAACUCCUCGCAGCCCGACUACACGCAAGUGUCGCCCGCUAAGAUGGCAUUGCGUCGUCAUCUGUCACAGGAGAAGCUUAAUCAGCCACCGCAGCCGAUGCCAACGCCUCCGCCAAUGCCGCUGGCACCGCCCGUCACAGCGGGCAAAACAAUUGGGGAUCUGGUGAAUGGGGAAAUCGAGCGCACGCUGGAGAUCUCGCAUCAGAGCAUCAUCAAUGCAGCGGUCAACAUGAGCACAGGCUCUGGAAGUGGCGGCAACGGUGGCGCUCACUUUAUGGAACGCGCUUUCCUCGAUCGUUCGCACGAUCGUCUGCUCAUCAAUCUGCAUGCCACGCGACCCGAACGGGUGCAUGUGCGUCCCCUGGCCGAGGAAGGCAACGAGCCGCAGCCCACCAACUACAGCCAGGCCACGUCCAGCACGGGCAACAAUCUGGCCACCUUGGCUCAUGUAGCCUACAACCAGAAGUCGCCAGCAAGCUCGCGAGCGCCUUCCUCAGCGCGUUCUUCACGGGAGUAUCAACCGGUUGCAUUGCCACGCGCUGAGAUGAAGGGCUGCAUUGAAGCCUACUUCCACGAGGAGCAGCAGCAGCAGCAUCAGAAGUCCAAGAGCUCAGCUAGCGGAGCGAAUGCGCUGCGUGCUCCACGAUUGAAUGGCGCUAAUCCGCCACUGGAAGGCCUCGCCGCCUCGCUGCAGGAUCAUGUGCGUGCUCGCAAGUACAAGGAGGAGAACGAGGAACGUCAGCGAAGAGCUGCAGCAGCCGCUUCCUCCAUAGAAAUGGCGCCACAUUUUGCGCAUCAAGCGCCGCCCGCUCACAGCUACCAUCAGCAGCAACAGCAACCGCCGAACGCAGCAACCAGCAACAUCAAUGGCACGCCGCACAAAGUGGAGCUUGGUGUCAAGCGCAGUUCGCCUCUAGCGCCACAUCAGCAACCAUCGCGACCCGCGAAGUUGCCGCACUUUGAGCCGCAACCGUUGCCACAUGCGCAUCAGCAUCUGUAUGUGAACAGCAAUGGGGGGCAAUCGUUGCCACCACCAGCACACGAUGCCACCACACCAUCGCCGACGCCAUCGUCGUCGUCUUCGUCAUGUGGCAGACGCAGCAAAUUGCUCGUGGAGCCGCCACUGUUGAUGAGUCCCGAGAUCAAUUCGCUAAUGGGCGACGAGCGACCGUUGCAGCUGUCCACAAGCCACCAAUCGAUGCAUCAUCAUGCGGCACAUCAUCUCCAUCAGGCAACGUCGUCGCAUCCACAUGCCCAGCAGCAGCAGCAGCAGCAAUCACAGCACUUGCAACGUGCCUCGCAUCAGGGCAGCAGCCACAGCAUUACGCCCACCAUGGUGGGCGGUCAGCGGUCCAAUGCCGCAGCGGAUGACGACGAUGUCAUAGCCGCCGACGAUGAAUCCCAUUGGCAGCAUCGCGUUAGCUCCGGCUUUGAUCGACUUGUGGCUUUUGCCAGCACCGAACUGGACAAGACGCGUCGCUCGAUAGAUGGCGACACUGUGCCGGCCUCGAUUAGCUGCAACACUUCACCGGAUUCGGGCAUUACGCACAGCAGCAGCAACUCGGAUGCGGUGCGCACUUUCUUGUCCACCUCGUCGAGCUCGUCGCAACUGGAGCUGCCCAUCAACAACACUAGCAGCGGCAGCAGCAACAACAGCAGCAGCGGUGGAGCAGGCGGAGGAGGAGGCAACAGUUUGUAUGCCAGCCAGGUGCACAAUCUCAGCCAUCAUGCUUCGUAUCAGCACAACAGUCAUCUGCACAAUCAUCAGCAGCAGCAGCAGCCACAAUCACUGCAGCAACAGCAGCCACAAUCGCUGCACCAGCAACAUCAACAGCAGCAGCAACAACAUCAUAUGGCGGAUCAUUUGAGUGACAGCAGCAUGAAGUCAACUGCAUCCUCAUCGCUGCAUGCGAGCAACUCGCUGAAGACCAUCUCUCCAGUGGAUCCCAGCGCCAUUGAAUCGCCACCGCUGUCCGAUGUUGGACUGCCACGCACUCCAAGUCCCAGUGCCACUAGCGUGGCCACGCCUCCACUAGCGCUGGCGCCCUCGCUUGUCAACGAUGGACGCAUUCCGUUGAAGUAUCAGCGCAAGUCGAAGAGCGGCAGCGAGAAGCACUACAAGAAGAAGUUCUGUGAACGCAACUGGGAAUACGAUUGCGAUGAACUGUUGGCCUACUCCAAUUCGAGUGCUCCGCCUACGGCAGCCGAUGCUGCCGGGAAUGGACCGCCUGCCAUGGAUACACCAGGUGGAGGCGUGUCCUCGACGCCGCCUGUGGUGCUCAGCAGCAAGUCGGGAAAAUCCCCGAAAGAAAAGUCAUCGCCACACCAUAGCGUAAAUGCGAAUGCGAAUGCAAAUGCGAGCUAUCAUCAUCAUCACAAGUCGUCGAAGUUUCGGCCAAAGGGCAAGGAUUGGGAUUGGUCGCUGGACAGCAGAAGUAAUGCUGGCGACUCGGCACCAGGUGGCGCCACCACAACGAGUAAUUAAAAUUGUAAAUUGAUUUAGUUAAAUUUGCCGAACAGUGAAACAACUAAUUUUUUUCGAGAACAAUUCGAAUCGGGUUGAAUUGUAUUUUGUAAUGUGUAACUAAAGAAAUUGUGUUUAUUUAUACCCAUAUAUAGUUAACUUAUUGGAUAACAGCGACUUUUGCCUUGUUUAGUUUUUUUUUGUAUUCUAUUGUCUGUGUUUGUUUGAUUUCAAAAAAUUGUAAUUAGCAUUAGUUUAGCAUAUUUUUACUACUGACCUUGUGUAUUAGAAUUUAAGUCGAAAAUCCAACUACAACAGCAACCACAACAACAGCAACCAUCCCCUUUUAAUGAACAACAAUGUUACUGACUAUUAUGACUAUUAUUAUUAUUAUUAUUAUUAUUACAAAUGAAUAUUAGCAAGUUUACUAUUAUGAUAAAA